AUGGAUGAUGACAGUGAUGCAGGUAUCUCUGGAGACAAAGUAGAGAUAGACCCUGUUACGAAUCAGAAAGCCAGCACUAAGUUUUGGAUUAAGCAGAAACCCAUCUCAAUCGAUUCUGACCUGCUCUGUGCCUGUGACCUUGCUGAAGAAAAAAGCCCCAGUCACGCAAUAUUUAAACUCACGUAUCUAAGCAAUCAUGACUAUAAACACCUCUACUUUGAAUCUGACGCUGCUACUGUCAAUGAAAUCGUGCUCAAGGUUAACUACAUCCUGGAAUCACGAGCAAGCACUGCCCGGGCUGACUAUUUCGCUCAAAAACAAAGAAAACUGAACAGACGUACAAGCUUCAGCUUCCAGAAGGAGAAGAAAUCAGGGCAGCAAUGACACUGGCCUCCAGCCCCAAUCUGUCACCAUAGCUCAGAGCCUUCCUGCCAGGGUCAGGUGGCCCUAGAGCCCACCCCAAGUCCUGCAGUCCUCGGGGGCAGGCCACCCCUGGCUCACAGACACAAGGCUGGGGGGCUCUUGGGGGAAUGGAGCUGGGGACAUCUCCACGGGACCGAAGACUGAGUGGCAGUGGCUUUGAUGAGCAGUGCCAGGGGGCCCGACGACACGCCCAGCCAUCUUCACUGCCCGACGGCCCUGCCUGAGGAUGUACAUAGCCAUGCCCAGACAUUUCCUUGCAACUUGAUCAAAUUUCUUAAAACAAACGAAGAACAAAGAUGUACAUUUCUUUUUUCUUUUUUUUCCUUUUAAUAAACAGGUGUACUCUUUAUCAUGGUUGGUAUGACGGGCCGUUCUUUGGGGCAGAGGAUUGAUCAUGUCAUUCUCUUUAAAACCUGUUCCCAUAUUGAACAGGCAGAUUGGAAAAGCUAUGGCUCGAUUUCUCAGAAGAAAUGUUUAGGGCUUAGUCAAUAGUUUUAACUAUGCCAUUUGUUUAAAUGAGUGCAUUGCUUUGAGGAUAGUAGCUUCCUAAAGUUAGGAUGGGGGGCCUGGUGGUGGGUGUCCCAGGCUCCCCCCUUCAGAAACCACCUCUCCUCAGCUCGUCCUGGCACCUCUUGGGUCCAGAGAUGCAGGACUGCUGGCCAAGCACGGGGGCGCUGGGAGAGUGGGGUGACAGCUGGUCUUCAGGUCACACUGAGCUCCCGGCCAGAAGUGGGCUUUUCCAUUUCUUAAAUAGCAAGUGUGUGUUUCAGCUAGCCAUUGGUCCUGCAGGUGGAGUUUUCCUGGGAUUGGCAGGGUCUCUGCUCUACUGACUCAGAAGGGCCUCUGCUCCCCUUCUUCCUCUCCAUGCAGUGCCUGCCUCCUUGUCUGAGCAGGCGGGAAGCUGCAAUUUCUCCCUCUGUUGGGAGCGAGGGUGAGCAGAGGCGGCAGGGCAGAGGGGAGCCUGCUCCCACGGGCUCCGACUGCUCGGGCGGGCGGGCAGGGGGUCAAGCACCCGCCGACACCACACCUCUGGCCACACCAGAUGCCUCUGCAGUCCUCCCCAGGGUCCCUCCCAGGGUGACAUCCUUUCGAGCUGUCUCCGGCCGGGGUCGAGGACCAGUCGUUUCAGCGAGGACCUGCAUUUCAAACAAUUUUUUAAAUUGUUGUAUAGGAAGAGAUGUGCCGAAAACAGCAUCUCAAAGUCGACUGUGUUUCUUUGCACUGGGGGCAUUUUAAUGAAUUCCCCUUUCAUUCUGAUCUUUGUUCAGCCAACAGAAGCAUCCUUUUCUAACGUCUUCCAUUCCCGCCCACCCCAGAAAUGAAAGAAAUAUUAUUUGUAGCUUGCUAUCUCUCUGUAUUUGAAUUUUUAGCAAUUUUAUAUUUAGAUAUCUUUGAAAAAUGUAAAUGACUAAUUUGGUCAUUAAAUCUUGUGGCAUAUUCAAUAUGAAAAUAUUAAAAUAAAAGUCAGAUAAAUACCA